AUGUCCGAUCAUAGCCUACGGGAAACGCUGCAAUUCGUGUUAGGCGAGGUGGCCAUACUGCACAGGGAGGUCAACAGUCUGCGCGAAGAACUGGGCGAGUUGAAGCGUGAGCACAGAGGUGCGAUGGCGCCGCUACCUAUGAGCAGCAUAGAGGAUGUGGCGUCGACCCCAACAAACAUAAACAUGAACAUGACUAUGAGUCAGGACACUCAGGACCCUCACCACACUCGACCGCACGACCAACCACUAUUAACUCAGGAAGAAGACCAAGACGCACUGAACAGACUACGCCAGCUAUUACAGCCGCAGAAAGCCACACUGAAGCCAACCAACGACAGCGUCACAGAGCUGUACGAGGAAUACGAGCGCGGCAUCCACGGUAACCCUUCCCUCAGAGCUCUCGAAAGCGCUUUCGGCAACACGUGGCGUAGCGCACCUGCCACUAAUAUGGCCUACAGUCGCAGAUUGGUCGUUGUGCGCGAAAUUGAAAAACGUGCUAGAGAUUACGCUCAUUGCGAUGGCAGACGCGAUGCGCUCGUUGACGACACUUAUAUUUAUAGAGCCAUUAACGAACUAGAGGACGAGCGUAGGUCGAGCAAAUUGCGCAUGCACGCUUUUAUUCAGCGCCUUAAGAAUAAAAGAGACGGUGAUAAGAAAACUCGCAAAUCUCGACCGAAAGAUGUGCAAGGCGACCAUGAUACACACUCACACACUUCUAAGAAGAUUAGAUUGUAA